CUCUCCCGCCGCGGAAGCAAACGACGCAGCAUUUCUGCUUUUGCUAGGCAUGCCCUCUUCUUACUUCGUUGUGGCAUUGCUUUCACCGCUGUUCGUCUUCGACCCGCAGUCAGCGCUGGCCUUCCAAGGCCUCCUUUCAGGACCCAUCAGAUCUGCGCAGCGGCAGCGUCCCCGGCUGCAUCGUCUACCAGCAGAAAACACAAAGAGUGCAGCUCUCAAGAGAAGCGGAGAUGAUGUGCAGCGGCCUCCCCCAUCCGGCGACGAGUCUUUCUCACUGCAGAAAGACCCGCCAGCAGAUCCCUCAGGCAUCAUCGGUGCCGUCUACCGUCUGCUUGGCCGCGCCUUCAAGUUCAAGGACAUGCGGCGGGAGAUAAGGGAGGGCGGUGACAUCGUCCCACUAAUAGGGGCGCGACCUGGGUGGGCGGCCAUUCGAGAGAACAUGUUUCGCAAGGGCGUCUAUCCAGGUCAGGGAUGGAGGGAGCACACAAACAUGCGGCGUUGUGAUGUUCUGGUGUGUGUCUGGUCUGGUUGUGUGUGCAGGUGUUGACUAUCGUGUGGAGAGGAUCGACGUGCGUGCGAAUGGUGAUCCGAUAAGGGAUGCGGUGAUCACUGUCAGGCCACGAUACCGUUUAGUAGACAAACUUGAGAGGCAGUGGCCCGUCACCAUCGCAAUGUCCGCGUGUGCGACACACCCACACACAGACAGUGUCCGGUGUUUUCGUGGAGAAUUGCACAGUCACUCGUCCGUGUGUGCCUCUUUGCCUGUGUGCAGGAGUGAGGUGCCAAUCUUCUUGACGCCCCGCAUGUACAAUACCGCCACGCUCAUAUCCACCCUGUUGUCAGCAGCGCAGCUGCUUGCCGUCGCUCUCGUCGCGAGGUAGCUGAGAUCGAUCCGGCCCCUGACACGCACCCAUCUGCUGUGGAUCCUGUCAUUCUUGCCGUCUAUGCAGCCAAUUUUGUUCUCUUUACUACAUUCCGUCCUACUCGAUGGAGCCAACACUUCACAAAGGGUGGGCAACACAAGACAGCCAACCAGCUACACGCUGCAAUAUGUACAUCUGCGCCACGUGUCUGUGUAUGUCUGUCUAUCUAUCUAUCUGUCUGUGUAUCAGGGAUGUGCUUUUAGUUGAGAAGGUCAGCCGUUUGGUGCGGCCGCCGAAAAAUGGCGACAUCGUGCUCUUCAAUCCGCCAGAACAGCUGAGGACCUUUGUGCGCCAAGUGAGGGACUGACCCAAGACACGCAGACGAAGCCAAGCCCACACGCAUCCAUCCGCUAUUCUCUCGUGUUCGUUGUGCUGUGCCUGGCUGUCUGUCACAUGCAGGCUGGCGGCCAGCUGGCGCCUGGUGAUCUGUUCGUGAAGCGAGUGGCUGCGACCCAGGGAGACAGGGUCACGGUCGACAACGGCCUGCCGACCAUCAAUGGUCACACAUACGUCUACCCCGAGCCCGAAGAGCCACCGACGAUAGGCAGCGACGCGCCACCAGCACGGGCCGAUGGGUCGAUGCAACGUCUGGCGAUCGGCCGGGGGUUCGCAUGGCCGUAUGCCGGUGAGGCGCCCUCGCAGUGGGUGGCGGAUGAGUGUGUGCUGGGGAGCGGCGCCGUAUAUGUGUUGGGUGACAAUCCAGUCAGGAGUGUCGACAGCCGAUUGUGGGGCGAGCUGAGGGAGAGUGAGAUUGUCGGUCAUCCGGUCAUACGGCUCUUUCCAUGGGGCCGAUUUGGGCCUGUGCGAUGACUGGAUGUGUGAUGUCGACAGUGUGCAUGCUACGUCAGUCUGCUGGCAGGCGGCUGGGGGGGUGGGUCGAGACGCAGUCAAUGGUGG